ACAUGCUUGCCGGUCUGAGGGAGUCGCAUGUUUCAAAUACUUCGGGAAAUACUUCUGAUCGCGGUGCAUUGACAACCUUGGGUAUCGCACAGGUGGCCGGGCGCCGAGUAAGCCUCAGGAAGCCCCACCCAGUGCCAGUAGUUCUCUGUCUGGCUAAGCUCAGGUGUGCGUUCUACCUGAGAGCUGUUUGGUGUCCCUUCUGCCUGAGAGCUGUCUGGUGUCCCUUCUGCCUGAGAGCUCCCUGGUGUCCCUUCUGCCUGAGAGCUUCCUGGGACUACUUAACAAGACAUCAUGAAAAGGCUGUUCACUCCCUGCCGAAAGAAGAGGCGGCCGCUCAUCAAAACCCUGACGUACAAGAGUUCAGGACUGUACCAGGAGAAUGCCGCAGUGGUCGUGGACGAGGAGGAGGCUCGGCGAGGCUCGGCGUGUAGCACAUGCAGCGCUGACAGACAUGUGGCGCCCAGAGUGACCGCCCUGUUUGCGGCCAUCCAGCGGCAGGACACGGAGGAGGUUGAGAUGCUGCUGGUUGAUUCUCCGCCCGGCACGUCGCAAGCAACCUGUAAUGGCCUCACGCCCCUGACAGUGGCCUGCUAUUUACGCAACCUGGAUAUUCUCAAACUUCUCCUAAACCAUGACGCGCAGGUGGAGGCAGGCGACUGUAACGGCUGCACUCCACUACACACCGCAAUCUGUGACGGGUGGAUGGAAGGGGUGGCCGAGCUCCUGAAUCACGGGGCGUCACCAGACCUUCUAGACGCCUCAACCUCGAACCCCGUGACCAAACCCGUGGCUGAGAGUCCCCUGAGGGCUGCCGUCAGGACCGGGAAUGUCGCUGCGCUCCGGCUGAUCUUCACGCACCAUCCGAACAUAAGCAUUCUGGACACCGAGGAAGGGUCGCUCCUCCACCUGGCAGCGCGCUCACACAAGCUGGAGAUGGUCGAUUUUCUGCUGCAUGAAAGGGUAUCCGGGGAGACUUUGAAAUCCCUUAAUAUGAAAGGAGAUAAUGUAACGCACGCAGCUCUGCAAAGGAACAUCACAACAAAGGAUGAGACUCCACUUUUGGAGAUUCUUAGGAUGUUCUUCGAAGCUGGUGUCGAUGUUAACGCGAAAAACAACCUUGGGGAAACUCCCUUGUUCCUAGCGUGCCGGCGGCGACUCCCAAAAUGCACAGAGCUCCUGCUGUCUUUUGGAGCCGACCCACUGGCCAUCACCGAGGCGGGGCAGUCGGCAAUCCACGGUGCAUGCCAUGGAGGAUGCGCCGCCAGUCUGACCCACUUGCUAAGCACUGGUCGCGUAGCCCACCUAGUCACUGCCCCGGACAAUGAGGGAGUCCAGCCCUUCCACCACGCCAUCAAGAGUAGUUCCCUUGACUGCUGUGAGAUCUUGCUGAAGAACGGAGACCACCUGACGCAUAUAGACCUGGACGGAACCUCCCGCUGCUCUCUGCUUCUCCAGUACUUCCCGACCACAUCAACCCAACUCCUCACCCGACUCUUUAACUCAUACAUCACUCUCUCUGAUGACGCCCAGUACGACCGAAACUCCCACAUCAUUUUCGACUACUCCAAGAUUCUGUUCAACCGGAGUAAUGACAUUCAAAGCUCACUUCUGGAGGACAUCAAUUACCUACAAAAGGAUCUGUUGCAGCAUCCACUGGUAGAAAGCUUCGUCCACCUCAAAUGGAGAAAAGUCAGAUUCCUGUUUUAUGGUAUACUCCUGUCAUUCUUUGUGUUUAUAUUACUCCAUACAGUUUACAUUCUCGGGACAAGCACCAAUGACACUAAGAUGUUCAAUCGUAUUUCAAACAUGUGGGCGUUUCGUGUCGUGCACCUCGUGAUGUACAUCGUUAUCUUGUGGCCUGAAGUCAUCACCAUCAUUGCCAACCCUAAGACAUACAUCCGUCACUGGGAAACUCUGACAAAAGCCACAUCGUUGAGCGCAUCUGCGUACGUUGUUUUUGCGCACCAGUAUGCAAGUAUGCGCAUGGAUAAGGAUCAUAGGAAUAUCACACUUUCACGAGAGGGUACAGAGGAGUCCCCUGAGUACCCCAUUAGGUCCAAAAUGACAAGAGAAAUCAGCGCGGUGUCUGUUUUCUUCGGAUGGAUCGAGCUUAUGAUGCUGUGUGGGAGACUUCCAAUCCUCGGUUCACAGGUCCUCAUGUUCGCCAGAAUCGCUAAGUCGGCAAUCAAAUUCAUCGCUGCGUUCAUUGGCCUCCUCGUGGGUUUCUCCGCUAGCUUCAUGGUGCUGUUCAGUGACAAGGAUGACUUCCGUACUUUUGGGACUAGCUUCGUCAAGACCCUGAUGAUGAUGAUUGGGGAGGUAGACUAUUCAAACCUCGUGGACAAGGAAACAGCGGUCAUUAGCUAUUUGAUUCUGGUGUUGUUUCUGUUCCUAGUGUGCAUUCUCAUGGCCAACCUUCUGAUCGGUCUUGCUGUGGAUGACAUCUACUACUUACAGCGUAUUGGGAACAUUGAAAGGCGCUCUAAGCAGGCCACUCAUAUCGUCACGUUCGAGAAGGCCAUCUCUGUCGCUAAACGAUAUCGACUACUCCCCCGCAGCCUGACAAUGGCCUUGAUCAAACUCUAUACAACGAAAUCCCAGAAGAAAAUAUUCAUUAAUAAAAAUCGGGAGCUUGUGUUGUUAUAUCAAAACAAGAUUCCAUCGCAAAUACUCCAAGAAGCUUUGCAGAUUGCGAAAACCAACCAGUUAGCGGCCUCUGACAACCCUCGCCCAGUGUGUGAAAAUAGACUCCAUGACGAAGAUGCCUCCAGAGUGUUGCUUCAGGAAAUUCAGGACCUCAAGAACAUGAUUCUCAACAAUAAUCUCAAUUCUAAACCAAUGCUCGAAUUGAUCAAACGGUAGACUCACAAACACCGCGUGAUGGACGACGCGGGUUCGAAUCCCCACGCUACCACCUGGGAUCUUUCAGUCACCGCCGAGUGGCUUAAAACUACCCACAUGCUGUCCUGAAGACUACCCAUCAACCCGGACUCUAGAGGAAACCGUCCAAGUGAAUCAAGGAGUUCCGGGGGGGCAGCAUGAGCCAAGGGAAGAUGGCGCCACUAUAAACACUUGCCUGCGCCAUGAUGGGCUGGGGCCAAACACCAUCCAGGCCCCUCAAAAAAAAAUUAAAAAGCAAUACGGUUGGGUUAGCAAACACCAGCGGAAUGGAAAAUUAACUAAUGGAUACUUGUGGUUAGCACGAAUCAAGCAUGACCAAGUGUGACUAUAUAUUGAUGCCAUGUUUGUUAAAAGGACAUCAGCAUAGGGUGUCCAGGAAAGCAAUUACGAUUCUCAUUCACUCACUACGACAUUGUGAAUAAUUGCAUAUCGAGGAUUAUUAAUUAGUGAGGCUAACUUAUCGAUUCUGUUCUCGUUCGUGUAUAACUUGUCCUGUUCUUUAUAUGUAUGCCGAUGUACGAAUUAAAUUUAUUAUUAUUAUUA